UGGCUCCUCUCGGCCGGAGGGGCGGGGCCCCGCAGAACCUGGAAGCGGAGGCGGCAGCAGGAGCCGGCGCGGGGCGGCGGACCCGGGUGCAGCAUGUGGCCGGAGCUGCGGGGGGCGCUGCGGGGCGCCCUGGGCGAGGUGCUGGGGGGGGCCCCGCGGGGGCUGCCCCGGACCUGGGCACUGGCCGGACGCAGGGCAGGAAUCUGGGGGCACCAGGACCUCGUCCCAAGAGAGAGAAGUGGCACAUGGGGUCCAAACGGGGCCCCCCAGCAGCCCCCAGGCUUGUCUCUGUUAGCGAGACCCCCCACAGCUCCCAGGGCUUCUGGCCGGUCGGCUCCUCCCCCCCUGCCCACGGCACGCGCCGGCACCAGGGGCUCCGGGUGCCCCGGUCUUGGCCCCGGCCGGCUCUUCCACCGAGACGCGGCCCUGGGAGCCCUGGCGGCCGACGACAUCCGCAGAGCCCGGGAGGCCAGGCGGAAGAUGGGCCCGGAGGAGCCGGCUCGGGCUCCUAGGCAGAAGCUGAGCGAGAGAGCCCGGGAGCGGACGGUGCCCGCAUCGCGCGUCGGUCGGCUCGCCAGCUUCGGAGGUCUGGCGGUGGGUCUGGGCAUCGGGGCCCUGGCAGAGGUGGCCAAGAACUCGCUCAAUGGGGAGAAGAAGCCAAGGGACGGCAGCAGCCCCGUCCCGGGCUCCAGCCCCUUCCUGUCGGAGGCCAACGCGGCGCGGAUCGUGGACACGCUGUGCAGGGUGCGGGGCGCCGCCCUCAAAAUCGGGCAGAUGCUGAGUAUCCAAGAUAACAGCUUCCUCAGCCCGCAGCUACAGCGGAUCUUCGCGCGGGUGCGGCAGAGCGCGGACUUCAUGCCGGCCUGGCAGACCAGGAGGGUGCUGGCAGAGGAGCUGGGGCCGGACUGGCGGGAGAAGGUGGCCUCCUUUGAGGAGACACCCUUCGCAGCAGCUUCCAUCGGCCAGGUGCACCUCGGGGUGCUGCGCGACGGGACGGAGGUGGCCAUGAAGAUCCAGUACCCGGGCAUAGCCCAGAGCAUCCGGAGCGACGUGGAGAACCUGGUGGCCCUGCUGAGGCUCACCGUGGUGCUCCCGGCGGGCCUCUUCGCCAACAACACGCUGCAGGUGCUGCAGAGAGAGCUGGAGUGGGAGUGUGACUACCGGCGCGAGGCCGAUUGUGCCCGGAGCUUCAGGCAGCUCCUGGCCGGCGACCCUUUCUUCGAGGUGCCCAGGGUGGUGGGCGAGCUGACGACGCGGCGGGUGCUGACCAUGGAGCUGGGGAGCGGCGUCCCCCUGGAUCAGUGCCUGGAGCUGCCCCAGGACAUCCGGAACGAGAUCUGUCACAAUGUCCUGCGCCUCUGUCUGCGGGAGCUCUUCCAGUUCCGCUUCAUGCAGACGGACCCCAACUGGGCCAACUUCUUCUACGACGCGCGCAAGCACCAGGUGACCUUGCUGGAUUUCGGAGCAAGCCGGCCCUUCAGCAGAGAGUUCACCCAUCACUACAUCGAGGUGAUGAAAGCUGCAGCCGAGGGGGACAGGGCCAAGGUGCUCCAGAAAUCCAAAGACCUGAAGUUCAUGACGGGCUUCGAGACCAAGGAGUUCGAGGAGGCGCACGUGGACACGGUGAUGAUCCUGGGGGAGGCUUUCUCCGCCCCGGGGCUCUUUGACUUCGGGGCCCAGAGCACCACGCGGCGCGUGCAGGCCCUGAUCCCCGUCAUGCUGCGCCACCGUCUGACGCCGCCCCCCGAGGAGAGCUACGCCCUGCACCGCAAGCUGGCCGGCUGCUUCCUGCUCUGCGCCCGGCUGCGCGCCCGCGUCCCCUGCCACGGCCUCUUCCAGGAGCUCUACGGGCAGUACUGGGCCCGGGAGCGGGGCGCCUAGUGCCGGGGCAGGGCCUGGGACCCCAAACAGGACCUCCCUGCACCCAGACCCUGGCUGACCGGAGAGACCGGAGCCCUCGCUGCCGUGGGCUGGGAGCUGUGGGCCGAGCUCCGGGCGCCGGCUGCGCCCGCGGCCCUGCCAUGCCGUGCCCGCGAGCGUCGCGGUCCUGUCGCCGCUCUGUGCCCAUUAAAUCCUGGCACCUGG